UUUGAUUGUCAGCUUUAACUCAUGGUUCAUCGAAGCAGAUAGCACUGGCUUCAUAAAAUGCCUAAAAAGAAAAGUGGUGUCGGUUGUUUCGGUUCUCGCUCAAAUCACCCCGAAAUUCGCUAUGGAAUCGAUCAUUCUCGAGGAAUGCAGAUGCUUCACGACUUCUCGCAACCGAUGCCUGAAGAAAGCGAACUUAAUGCUAAGUUCGCAGAGAUCGUGGUAAGUAAAGGAUAAACGAACUUUUAGGUUUAGUUUAGGCGACUGAAGAUCAACAUCUAUCGAGUUACUAGCACUUUAAAGUUCAAUACGUAACUUGCUCUUCUUUGACAUUAGAACGGAGGCGGUGUCAGACCAAAAUCAAUUUGUUGUUUAUAAUUCAAACACGUGCCCAGCUUUGAAGAAAAAGCCUUAAUUUCUCUCCUGUAUGGAAACAGACUCUUUGCUUUCGGGAAAAAUAACUUGAAGGAGAUUUGAUUUAUACUCAAAGGAUUCUCAAGAAAUAUCCCCAAUGGGCUUUUGUACUUCAGUGAGCUUAAGUUAAUUACAAUUCUGAAAUUCCUAUCUUUCAUUUUGGUCUAAAAAAAUACCUCUCCAAUUGAUGGUCUUGCACAGUCUACAGCUUGUAAGCGAUUUACAAGAUGAAUUUUUGCCAUAGAGACAAUACUUUUUCUCGACGUCUGGUUUGGCAAACUUGCAUCAUAAAAUCUGGAGGUCAAAUUUACUUAACUUUCAAUUCUGGUUUAUUGAGCAAUUUGUGCCUAGACUUCAGUUCGUUUUAUUUCAUUUCCGACUUUUUUACGACUCAGACAUGUCAAUAAAGUUGCAUUUCCACUCAUCAAUGGUCGGACGAUUAAAUCUCAAGCAUUGUUGUCGGAAUAGGUUUAUCGAUCGCCAAAGUUGUCAAUGAUCGAAUAGUGUCGUGAUCCUUUGGUGAUAAAAUAAAUACUUUGUACAUUCAAUAACUUGAAAUAAAGUAUUUUACUUCCUUAGAUCUUAAGGAGAAUGUAUUUUUCAGCGAUUCUCUAGCUUAAGCAGGACAACUGAGAUGGUCAUAGUUUCGAUGAUGUCUCAGUUUUACGUUGUAAUUAACCAACAAGAAUUUACGAGGUACAUUGCGAUAAAGUAAAUGGACAAGCUUAAGUUAACAGCUUAUUUCAUCGGUAAAUUUAAAACGAAAUACAAAAAUCCUUUGCCUUUAUACAAUAUUGGACGCUGUGACGCUUGAGUUUACAAAAUAACAAUUCGUCGCAGCGAUGGUACAGACGUCAAGAAUUAUUAUCAAUAUUUGUGUGUUUGUUGUGUUCUUUCAGGAGGAACUUGACCUCACCGCCGUACAUAAGAAAGCAAUGUUUGAAUUGCCACCUGAAAAAAAAUGGCAGCUCUAUUUAUCUAAGAAGAAGGUAAGCAACGCUAAACUGGAAGAGAAUACAUUAAAUCAAAGGUUUUUUGAAACCUGUUGAUAUUAUGCACAGCAUAUUGUGCGAACUCAUGUUUAUACUAUAUUAAUUCUACCAAUGUUAAAAAUUAAUGGCUGUCAUGUAUGGUGGAGUUCCUGCGGAAAAUUGCAAAUUAUGCUCUAUUAAUUACAUAUACCUAUACUAAAAUAAAUUUUCCAUUUGAAACUUAUUUUUUUGAUCCGUAAGAAAUUUUUGAAAUAUAUCUAUUCAUAAAUCAGGUCCUAAGGGAAUAUGGAUUGAAGCUGUAUCUAGAAUCUUUAUUAUGCUUGAAGUUGACUUAUUUGCAUUUUGAAAGUGUAUAAUGAUAAAUUAUUUCUUAUUGUCUGGCUUGCAGCUGUUUUUUAUUUUAAGUCAACCAAGCAUCACUUGUUGAUUUGUGGAAAUCCACUGUCUAUUGCAAAUGUGUUCAUAAAAAUUCUCUUAAUUCUUUAAAUCUGUUACUUAAUACUUGUUUAAAAAACACUAUUGUUAUCUAACUGGAAUCCUCUGAGAAUUUAUAUUAUAUAAAUUAACAUGCUUUGUUUUUAUUUUGUGGUUGGACAAAGCUAUUGUCCUCGGUAGACUUUUCAUCGCCACUCCUUUUUUGAAAACUCAUUACUGUCACAUUGUUGCAAAAUAUAUGAUAUAAAUAAAUAAAUAAAUAAAUAAAUAAAUAAAUAAAUAAAUAAAUACUCUAUAGUCUAGAUUAACCUGUGGAGUCAUCAGAACUGUUGCUUAUGUUAGUUAUAUUUUCUGUAUAGUAUCUUCUUUCAAUCAGUUGUUAAAUUGAAAAUCCAUUUCUGAAGUAUAGGUUAUAGUUCCUUGAAUAUAGUAGCCUUUUUAGUCGACCUUGCUUUAGCAGAGCGAGACUCUAAAAUUGCAGUCGUUUCUGUUUUUGCCGGUGGGACCUACUUUGUAGGCCACGCGUUCCCAACGAAGACCGCGGAAACUGGGGAUAAGAAUUGUGGUGACUUUCACUGUAUGCAAAUGAGUCUCGUGAUGAGCAUGCGGUAUAUUUUCGGCGAUGACUGAAAUGACGCAUGUAAGUUUGGCAAUGAUGUAAUUUUACUCGAAUGGAGGCCCUUGAUUUUCAUGUACGGUGGUUAUGCAUGACAUGUAGGCAUAUUAAAAAUAUCCCCAAGUAGGAUAAGAAAAUAAUUAUUAUAGCGGGAAAAUCCUAUUUUGUGCUGUUUUAAUUAAGGCAUUACGUUUCUCAGAAUAUUGUCGCGAUUACUGGAAAUCUUUGGUUAAAUAGAUUCACUUUGAUUGUGUAUUUAUUGAUAGAUUUUUACAGUUGUUGGUGACUUGUUAAGAUGUGAAGUCGUGUUGCACUUUGUAAAUACUUGAGAUCUCAAGUAUCCACUGUCACGUAAUUUUUACGUGCCUACGUGCGUAAAAUUUAUGUUCUCAAAUGAAAUAGAGGCAAUGUAUGAAAGGUCGCACGUACAAUUAUGUAAGCGUAAAGGUAGAAACUUACUUGCUCAACUUGACGUUUAAUCUCAACGCUUUAUAUCUUACUUUUAUAUUAUUUACGUGAUUAAAAUUUACGUACGUUAACGUGCGGAGCCAAAAACGCAUCAGUGGAAAUCCACCCUAACAUUAUGUAAGUGUCACGGAUGUGUUUAUACAGGUAGCUUUGAACUUGACUAUCCGCGCACUCUACUUUCAGCACUUCAUGUCCAUAGAAUAGAAAUCCCAUAUCGAGCUUUUCUGGAACGGUUUGGUCCAAGAAUUCUAUCGCUUGAAAGUGUUGAUUAUUUUGGAACAACUGAUCACUUCAGUGGUCAAAAAAAAAGAAGAAUCUUAAUGAGCAAAACUUCAAGGUUUACUGGAAAAUCAGGAUCGAGGAUCGAGGAAUCAGGGAUCGAGGAUCGGUUAAAAAGAACUUGAAAAUAAAAUGAAUAAAUAAAUCGUGGACCAGUGGUGAUGUGGGCCUCAGACUGUAGAUAAAUUUCACAGAACAUAACCCCAUUCGCUGUACUGAACACUAAAUACAAGUAAACUAAAUUAUCCGAAUCUGUUCGAGUCAGUGAUUGUUUUGACGAGAAAGUGAAAUUUUCCUGGAAAAUGAAAUGCUUUAUCCGAGAAAUGCAUGCUGUGUGCAACUCUAAACAUUGUACUCUGAGACUGUAUGGAGAUAUUAAAAGUAGAUACUAAGCAGCUAUGGAAAAUUAUGUAAUUACUUUCAUGCGGUAUUAAUAUCUUAUAAAAUGGACAACAAAUUCUGCAGGAAUAUGCGCAUACUGAAUUAACUGUGUGUUGUAUAACGUUCUGUUAAACUUACACAUUUUUCCUAUGCUGAACAUAUACUGUACCGAGCCGUAUCUUGGUCCGCUACAAAAAAGCUAUGUAUAUUUAUACUAAUAGAGUCAUGGGCUCCUGAUACCGAUAAACAUCAUCGUUCAAUGUUUUGAGUGUAAAAUACCUGAAAGAGUUCUCCUCAAUGGAGCAAUAUCAAUAUGUAGAAGGUUUUCAAAGGUUUCACACCGGCUGGUUUGAAGCUAAGAUGUGCGGCCUGUCUCUCCUUGCAAUUUUUACGUUUUGAGUAUUUACAUUGUGACAUAUAACAAUCGUUUUGUAUUCCAAACGAAAAAGUAAGCGCCUUUGACAACAAAAGUUAUCUCCAAGCAAGCAAGACUCAAUGCUAUUAAGAGCGUUCUUGUUGUUUUAUUUAUUUGGCAACAGUUUUUGGAUAAUUUGUUUGUAAUCUUUAGCAAACCUCCUGUACUUAACCCAGAGACACUUUAAAUGCCUUAACCCAUUAAGCCCCAAUAUCUACAUACAAAUUCUCCAAACUGAUCUUCAUACAUUUCCUUUAUGAAUUAGUUGAGAGAAUUUAAUAUCAGAUCAAGGCAUUUCUCUUUGGUGAUCAUUUUAUUAAUUCUUAUAACCUUAUCUCUUGACUAUGUAUGGAUAUUGUUAGGAGAAAAUUGAUGUUGGUCACUAUUGGGACUUAAAGGGACCACAAACCACUAACAUCAGUUUUCUUGUUGUGUCUGCACUUCAUUAGGCAUCGGAGAUUGCAGAAUUCUCCUUUUACUACACAGUAUUCUCUGACUAACAUGCAAGAGCCUAUGACUGUUUUCUAUUCAGACAUGGAGCCUCUUUCACGAUAUUCUCCUGAAAAGUUACACCUUUCUCUUGCUACUAGAACUCUUAGUGAAAUGCUGUGGAACCCAAAAUCAAUGUGGUCCUUUUAAUGGGGUGGCUGUAUUAUUGUGUGGGAAUGAAGGAGGUUUUUUUUUACUGUUUUUUUUAAAUAUAUUUUUGGUUUGUCACUUGGAUGUUUUUCUCCAUAAGUAAAUGUUCUUUUGUUUGAGAGGCUACAUCGGUGUUAAGAAUCUUGUAAUGAAAUAUUUCACAGUGUUAAAUUCCAGAAAAAAUAAUGAUUUAUGUAUACUUCCCCAAUGGAAGGGAUUUUUUUUUCUGUGAAACCCACCCCUGUAGAGGUUUCAUUUAAGCUCCAUUUUUUUAUCUUUUACAUGCAAGUCUUUGAGAUCCCCUGUGCACCCCCCCCCCUAGAAAUUUCCAAUCCUUUAUGUAAUUAAGGGGAGUAUGGAGAUGUUCUGAGACUAUCCAGUGUGACCAUUGACUGCUUAAAUGACCUUCCAUUUAUAAUAAUAAUAAUAAAGAUGUUUAAUCAACACAUUCUCGCAUUAAAAAUGAAUUACAAUGUGUUUACAAGGUUCGGAAAAUUACAAAAACCUAAUUGGGACUGGGUUCACAAAAUAAUUAAAAAUAGUAACACCUACAAGAGUUACAUAAAUUUCAAUCAUAGCUACUAAAAAAAAGUUAUACUAAGAAUUCAGUUUUUCAAAUUUAAACAUUUAACAGUUACAUUUUUGAAGGAUGUUGCAUUUGCCGUUAGGACAGUACUAGGGAAAAAGCUUUGCCUAAAACGCUGGGUUUUACAUUUAAAAGAUGUCCAAGAGUUAGAGUUUCUAAGGGAGUAGUCGUGGGCAAUAGACCUUAUCGGGGUUAGAUGCUACAGGGUUUUGACAAAAAAUGCAUGGACAUUUUGCUGGGAGCAACUACAUUUGUAUUAUUGCCCAAAUUUCCUUGGGUGUAACACUGUUUGUGGAGGGAUGACUUUGAUGCACAACUUGUGCAGGACAAAGAAAUCGUCCAAAGCAUGCCUAGAUGCAUAUAUGCCAUUCUGUUAAAUGGGCCAGUGAAACAGGCGAAAAAUUUGACAUUUGGCUAGAAAAUUGAAUUGAUAAUCUAGACAUCCCUGCUCAGUCUUUUUGCAUUCUUCCAGGUUUGAUCAAUGAAUGCUGUCUGUAGAACUGGCUUGUAAUAGAAAUAUAGCAAGGAGAGAAAAAAUGGAUUGGGAUGAAGGACAAAAACAGAUAAAAGUCAACUACUUUGCUUUUGAAAUUUUUGCCUUGGAAUUUUGCUUUGGGCCCUAAACCAUUAACAACUACAGUCACGCCUGUUUUAAACAGACACCCAAGAGUGUCACAAGAUUGCUCAUUUAGGACAGGUGUCCAAUAAUAAUUAAGGAAUGUAAAAAAAGAGUGUAUAUAAUUAUGUUUCCUUGACCUUGACUAAGGUUUGUUUAUUGGAGGGGUCCAUUGACAGGUGUUUGACUGAUUUAUUGUUUUGUUAAAGCACAGCAGCAUUAGCUAAGUCAGUAGAGCACUUGUCUGCAAAGCAGGAGGUUGUGGGUUGAAUUCCCAGGGCCGGAUCAAUACUCAGGGUCUCAAAAUAACUGAGAAAUGAAGAUACUCCCUUUGCACUGCAAGCGGCUAGACCUUCACGUGGCUCGGCCGAUGACCACGUAAAAUGGAGGUCCCAUCUCCAGUUGGAGAUGUAAAAACAGUGUCCCCAAUAUAUUAAUACUUUUGUGCUAAAUACAUUGACACUUAAAUGAUUUAUUCCCUUUUUUUGGUAAGUAUCACCACAAUAGAAAAUCGCAGAUCAAACAGAGCUUCCUUACGAUCAAAAGAGUGUUCACUUAUUAGAGAUUAUUGGACUUGGAUCGUCAGAUGGGCUUGUUGAUGGUUUUCAUUCCUUGUUUAUUUUAUUCAUUUGAUUCAGUUGCUAAUCUUCGUGUCUUCUUAUUUCAGGAGCAAGAGGAGUUAAGCUCAACAAGUUACCCGGAAUACUACAUUGAUCAAAUGAAAAGCCUCCAUUCGGUAAGUGUUUAUUUCAUAGCCAUAAGUUCCAGACUGUAAUGGAGGUAUUUUGAAUGUGAAGAUGGGUGAUGCACAGGAAUGCACGUGAACUGUGUGUUGUCUAGUUCUCUAUGACUUUUAAACAAGUUUUUAAACCCUUUUGGACAGCAAUGAAAAUGGUGCUAUAGAAAUUACUGUUAUUAUUAAUAUUAUUAUUAUUUUAUUAUUAUUUUUUUAUCAAACAGCAUUUGCGAAAAGAAUGUAUGUGUUCUUGUGCUAGACAGGCUUUUAGCCAGAGACUGAAACUUGGACAUCAAGUGAGAUUUUUUUGUCAUAAAAUUAUCAGAGAUUAUACUGGUGUGUUUUCUUUGAAUUUCUUCUGAAAUUGUAGUCUACAGUCUCAAGCCAUGAUGGUAUCAAUUGCUUACCAAAAGUUGGUUUUUUUUAUUGUUGCUGAUAAUUCAUUCUUGAUGAAGAUGGUGAUUGUGAGAACACAAAAAUUAUAUUUAUAUUUAUUAUAAAAUUUAUUUAUUUUAAAAUUAUAUUUAAUACUGUUAUUUCUUUUUAUUUAUAUCUUUGUAACAGGUUUUUGUUGCCAAGAAAGAGGAGGAAAAUAGAGAAAUAGAGUCCAGAACAAAACUAGUUGAUGGUCUUAAAACUGCACUUAGAACGCAGCCUUUGAGGUAGCAAAGUGGCAAAAAAGUCAAUUCUACUUUACAAAUGUACACCCCACAGCUCCACCCAUUCCCAUCCCUAAAACUUAGAUAAGUAUAGAUUUAGCCAUAAGGCCAAAAGCGAAGGUCUCGUGGGAUCUUUAAUGAAACUUCUUUCAGGAAAAAUUCAACCUUUGCCAUAAACAAGGAGCAAACUGAAUUCUUCCUGAAAAAGUUUGAAAGUCGGCCAUCAAUCAAUUGAAAACCAAUAUUUGGUCAGUGGAGAAUAUUGAAAAACAAACACGUCACCUCACUGAGUUGUACACCUGAAGCCAUGAUACAGUCAUGUGACACUGGUCAGGGGAUACCCUAUUGACAGCUGUCAAUUGACCAUAACAUGGAUGUCCAAUGUCAAGUUAAACACUGAUUAUUUUCGCUUUGGACUCAUGGCAAGUGUGACAUUUCACAUCCCCUAACAUGAACAGGCAGACACAUGGACAGACAGAUGGAUGGAUGGACGAUUAUUUGUCAAACCAAACUAUCUUGGAUGCAUAGAUAACAAAAUUUUAUUACCCAUGGUGCUCUGCUACAAAUGAUUAAUUUUGAACUUUUGAUUAGUAGAUUAAUAAUGUUGCUAAUUAAAUCAUGUGAUUUCUGUUGGUUAUUGACUGAACUUGUUGUUAUGUGUUUUGUUUUGCAGAUUUGUGCAUAGGUUUAUAGAAUUAGAAGGUUUAAAUUGUUUAUUAGAUUUCCUAGAAAAAAUGGACUUUGAAACAAGGUGGGUGAAGCCUUGUUAUCUAAUUGCACUGUACUUAGAAGAAAGAAUACAUAAUAAAUAAAUUGAUAAAAUUAAAGUAGAAGUGUACAUGUGUACCACCUCUUAAUUUUUGCAUUCAUUUCUUGAUUUUCUAUUCUUUUUUAGCCAAAGUAAAAUUCACACUGCGGCAAUAGGAUGUUUUAAAGCUUUAAUGAAUAGCUCGGUAAGAGUAAUUUCCUUUACUUGUACAAUAAAUUGAACAUAGGUUAAAUCAAGUCAAAUAAAAUUCAGAUUUCCAAUUUUUUACUAAGGUUGACUUUAAGUUUCCCUUGUUUUCUAAUGGUUGGUGGGGAAGGGAAGCGGGGGGCUGAGAUCUACUCUGUAGUAAAAAAAGGAUGGAAGGUCCAAAUGAGGCCAAAGUGUUCAACCCAGAAGGAAAGAGAGGUCUAGAAUAUAACCUCCCAUACGUCCCGUUUUCCUUUGAGCACAUACUGAGUGAUGAAAACCCAAGAUUUUACUUUUCACCACUGCCCCCCACCCCUAAAAUAAUUUUCCACCAAACCUUUUCACCUGAAGUAGUCAACACAAAAUUUCCAACCAUAAGGGCAGUCUUUUGAACACAAAUUUUAUGUUUAACACAUGGUAUAUUAAUUUUGAUGUAGUCAAUAAAGUUUUAUUUAUUGUUUAUGAAUUUAUUUUUUGUAGCAUGGAAGAGCGCAUGUACUAGCUCAUCCUUCGUGUAUCAAUAUCAUUGCUCAGAGUAUGAGCACAGAAAAUAUCAAAACUAAAAUACAAGGUAGGUCUAUUAAACCUUCUUUGUUCAGAACAUGGUAGAUUUUUCUUUUGUAAUUUACAGUUUUCUGUUAUCGUGGUUUUCUAGACACUGUGGAGUUAAGGCUUUUUCGUGAUUUUAACUUGUUACCUAGCAAGGUUAGGUCCCGUUGUGGACAAGAGUGUCGGCAGGGGGCUUGGUGUGUGACAGGGAGGUAGUUAUGGCAACCUCAUUAGUGAUGAUCGCCCCUGCUUGCUUCCUGCCAUUAUCUUACUCAUCUGGUUUAUGAACAGAAUUAGUAUAAAACACCUCUGUCCAAAACAGUACAACUUUUGCCAUUUAAUCCAGUAAAACUCCUUUAUCAUUUUAAUUUCAGAUUAAAGCAGUCAGGUCUGUUGUAAGAUUUUAAGCAAGUGGCUUCAGAGUAGAUUGUUCUGUACACCCAGGCUCAUUAUUUUUCCUGUUUGUGAUUACAGUUCUAGAAAUCUUAGGAGCUGUCUGCCUUGUUCCUGGAGGUCACAAGAAGGCCUUAGAUGCCAUGACUCACUUUCAGAAGUUUAACGAGGAAAGAACAAGAUUUCAGGUUGGUAGAAAACAAUUUUUCAUGGAAAGAGGAUAUGAUAUAAAUGUAAAAAUUCCACCAUUUGAAAUUAAUAUAUUUGUGCCGUAGCAAGAGAGAUGUCAAAUGAGAGACUAAUGUUUGACUUAAUGUCCUGUUAAAAUGUCUUUAAAGAAUUCAACAUUGUGUCGAAUUGAGUUUAAGUUUGUUCCCUACCAAGUAUGAAAAUGAAAAUUGCAUUUUAUUCUUUAUAUUCAAAUAAGGUUCACUUGGAUGAUUAUGUUAGCUAACGUGUCAUUAAAUGCCAAACAGCCAUAAAUUAUUGCAAUAUCAAAAUUAUUUUUUGUUUGUAGACACUGAUAAAUGAUUUAGAUCGCACCACUGGACACCACAGAGAUGAAUUUAACUUGAAAAUUGCCAUCAUGUCAUUCAUCAAUGCAGCACUCAAGUAUGGAGCAGGCGCUGUAAGUUAAAACACAAUAUCUGCCUCCGUAUGUAACAAUAAUCCCUUGAACUGAUCAACAUAUCAUUUCUCUUUAAAUGAAACCACUGGAUCACACUAAAAAGGUCGUGAGAGUGUAGGAAAAGAUUACCAUGCUUAGAUAAAUUGACUUAAUUUUCAAGCAAAUUCCCUUUAACUGACAAGAUGUUGAUAGAGAAUAAAGCUAAGUAUGUGCUCUUCAAUGUUACCUAUAGGGCCAUAGUAGGCUGGGCUGUACUACAAAAGGCCAAGGGCUGGGUAGAGUGAAGAUUUUGUCUGGCUAAUGUAGAAAUGUAAACCCUUAUUACUUAUUAGUAAAAACAGCACAAGAAAAACACAAGAAAUUUUCAAAACCUUGCCUUCAUUGUACUUGUACGAAUGAACCUUUUCUAUUUCUGCACCUACUUAAAAAAAUUAACAGUUUCUUAAUGUUGUGGAUUGAGCAAUCACCGGAUGAUGUAAUCCAAGCGAUUGAAAGGUUACAAUAUCUGACAGGACACCCUAGAAAUAACCCAAAAUUAUUGACAACCUUGUCAGUUGGAGACUGGCUUUUUUCCAGCAAGGAUUAAAGUUUAAUUUUCUUUUUUUGUUUUUCAAAUGCAGGAACAUCUUGAAUUUCGCAUCCAUCUUCGGUUUGAGUUUCUAAUGCUUGGAAUUGAACCAGUAAUUGAGAAGUUGCGUACUUUGGAAAAUGCAACACUGGAUAGGUAUCAAAUGUUUCUUCAAUUUUUGGUGUCACUUGCAUUUUAUGAGAAAGAUUAACAAUAAAAGCAAUAUUUUCAUGGCUACAUGCUGCUAUUAUUAAGCGGAAAUUUCAAGUAGGUUAGUUGGUGAGUCUUUUAGAUGGGGAUAACCUCUAGAUCUCUCCUUUUGAGAGUUAUUUUGUUUUGUUUUCUAUAUCUUGAUGAACGUGUUGUAAAGCACAUUUAUUAUAGCAGGUGGAAGUUUAUUGGUAAUAUCUCUUCACAAUCAUUUACUUCGAACUUAUUUAGCUACCACUGAAUGAUAGAUAUAAACUGCUGCUCGCCAUCGUAAAUAUCAAGUGUAAAUUUUGAGAACAGGCUUGAAAGUAAAGGCAAAAGAGGUUGAAAUGUUGUGCUUUUAGAGUUUCACUCAUAAAUCAUUUAUGCAUUAUUCUUGUUAUCAGUGGAUAAUGGCCUUGUUCUUCUUGCAGGCACUUGAACUUUUUUGACAUUGUGAGGCUUGAUGAUGAAAAGGAACUCUCUAAGAGAUAUGGCCAGGUAAUUGAAGAGACAAGGGAAUAGCUGCCAUAGUUUAAUAACUCGCCCCAGUUGUUUGGAAGGUGGAUAACGCUAUCCAGUGCAUAUAUUUCUCUCCAGUGGAUAGCGUAUUGAUUUCCUUAAUACUUAUUUUAUACUGAAUAGUGAUUUAUCUGGUGGAUAGAGCUAUCAACUGUUUGAAUAACCUGGGCCUGCAAGUUAAAUUUUAUUUUCCUUUGUUGUUAUGUACAGUAACUUUGUAUGAUGAUAUUUGAACCACAAGCAUUCUAGGAAACUAAGAGAUCAGGGUCAUAGUAUUUAAAAGAACCUUAACAUUUUCAAGUGAUACAAUGUAGUUGGGUGGGGUUGGGGGGUCCUCACCCACAAAGGCUACCCUAAGGGUUUAUGGCCCCCGCUUUAGAAACAAAUUUUCUGGUUCUGCUAUUAACAUUUAAUUUUAUUACGUUGUAUAAUGUAAACCUUCAUGGAUUUGCAAACCUUCGUGGAUUUGGAUUUAGAUUUGUGCAAAUUGACAAGUGGAAACCACUUGUAGUUAUCUGAACCCCAGUUGUUUAAGCGUCAGAUAGUGCUAUCCACUGGAUGAAUCCCUGUCCAAUUCCAUUGGAUAAGACUAGGGAAACCAGUUGCACCAUCCACUAGAUAGAGAUUUAUCCAGCGGAUAGCGUUAUCCGCUGGAUAAAUCACUAUCAAGCAGAUAAAUAUUAGGGAAACCAGUUGCGACAUCCACUGUAUAGAGAUUUAUCCAGCGGAUAGCAUUAUUCACCCUUCUAACUACUGCAGCCUGCUUGCCCCAGCUUCAUCUUUCAAAUCAUUUUAUUGCCCUUCUACUGUACUGUAUUAAUUUUUUAAUAGUCUGAGGUAUCUUUAUUUUGCCUUUUCUUAUCACUAGCCAUAUAUUGAUCUGCGGAGUGCCACUUGUAUGUUUGAAGUUCUCAGAAGAAAACUCUGCACCACGUCAGCGUACCCACACUUCCUGUCCAUUUUGCACCACAUGCUUCUAGUACCAAGUGAGUUGCCUAAUUUUGCAUCGUUAAGAAGACUUAAACUUGGCAAUUGAAAUUAAAAAAGGUUGAUUUAGUACAGCUAAAUUGAAGCAAAAUCAUUUAUCUCUUAGUUACUUUUUCGUUAUUUUUUGUGGUUCCGGUAAUACCCAUAAUUCAGGUGAACUACUGAUUUUUUCUAAAAGCAUGCUUCCACGAUUUGGCUGUUGUCGGUUUUAUCAGAACAUCACCCAAUGUAAUAAUAUAGGAAUUUUGCCGAAAAUGGGGUUUAUUUUGAAGCUAGUCGAGCCAUUUUCUGGUCACUGCCUGGCUAUAAAGACCUAAAACUUACCAAAAAGCUGUUUUCAGAUCGUGCACUUCGCGGCCUUCUGUUCGAGAUGCAGCUUAUCAGGUUCCAAAGUUCGGGCAUGCGCAGAAAGCAUAGUUGUGAAAUGUUAUGUAAAAUAAUCCCCCUCAUUUUCCGCUUUUUUAGUCCUGUUUUUGUCCUUUUUGGAGGUUUUUAGUAGACUCUAUUUCGAUGGGAAAAGUUUUUGGUAAAACUUUUAGGAUCGUUGGAUUAGGUAGGAGGUAGUUGCAGUAGUUGGGUACUAGUGGAACAUGAUUUUCAUCGCAAUUUUUGGGUCAAUGUUACAGGUUACAGCCUUUUUUUCCGACCUCAUUGACUGAAUCGCGCUCAUUCUGGCGUGGUUUGAAAGAUCUCUUCACCCUGCACAAGUAAAUCGAUGACGUCACAAGCGGUGCAAGGGACGAGGUUCCACUCGGGCGGUUAAGCAACAACCGGAAGUGGACAUUCUUGGGCAUUGGUUUUGCCCACAUUCUCGGCCAAAGCGUCUAAAAGCAUAGCCUGCGAACAGCAGACGCAUUUCCGGUCGUCGCUUCUCUCCUUCCGAAAAAAUUUCGGAGGGAGAGAAGCGACGACCAGAAAUGCGUCUGCUGUUCGCAGCCUCCCUACAGCACAAUUAGCUUUACAAAUUCGGUAGUGGCAAAAGAUAUUUAAAGGCAACAGGCCUAACCUCCAGUUGACGUGCGUUGAUCAAAAACGCCUUUGCUUAAAGUUCGCUAAUUAAGGCUCUCCCGUGUUAAAAUUCGUGUCAAGAUUUACACCUGUGCAUGGUUACCACAGCAGAUGUUAAUUGGCUUAUUUUGUUGUUUUUCAGAUGAUCACGGAGUGGCUCGGAGACUAUGGCAGUUGAUUGACAGAGUCGUUCAACAAAUCACAGUCCAGGAAGAUGAUGGAAGUGACCCGGAUGUUGCUCCACUAGAUAUCAAUGUUAAUUACAUUCUUGAUACGUAAGUAAAGGAGCUCCUGUUUUAUUCAUCUGAGCUGGGUUGUUCAAAGCUGGGCUAAGAUAAUCCAGGGUUAGUGCGAAAUUUGAUUUCAGAUAUAAAAGCGUAAAAAGCAAAUUCAGUUUAAUUCGCAGUCCUGAGAAAACAGCUGUCAUUUUGCGACGCCAACACUGGUUUCCCCGCGAAAUGACAUCUGAAAAACAAGCGCAGAAAUUCUAUGCUGAUGACGCGUCACUAGCCAGAUCUGGGUAGAUGUAGUGCCUCUGAUUGGCUGAAGCAAAUCUUCCACGCGGGGUGACCAAUUAGAAGCACUACCCAGGUCGGGGUAGUGACGCGUCAUCAGUAUGGAAUUUCUGCGCUUGUUUUCGGGUUGACUCCAGUAGUGGCGUUGCAAAAUGUUGGCUGUUUGCUCUGUCUACAAUUUGGGAUUGGGUACUCUAAAAAGAAUAGUGAAAAUUAUUCGAGAAAAUGCUUUUUGGCAAAAGAAAAAGAAGUCCGGGUUAACACUAUAAUUGGUCCUCGAACUGCUGGGCCCUACUCUCUUAGUAGCGUUACCUUAUACAUACAAAAUUUUUUGGAAAUAAUUUCUUUUUCCAUAGAUUACUCCAUGAAGAUGAAAUUCGCCGGGAAGAAAUUGGCGAGGAUGGUAAGUUAAUAUGUUGUGUGCUGUAAGGUUUUAUUAAUUGGGCAUUUAGUUUUAACCGCUAUAUUUUCCCCUUGCAGUUGAAGGUCUAAAGAUGAAACUUCAAAAGAGAGAAAGGGAGGUGGAAAGCAAGAAACAAGAAUUAGUAAGUGGUGACAGUAGUCAGAUAUAUCGGCUUACUAUACAGGGAACCCCAACAUUUAGUUCCAAGAGUAAACCUCUCUCGGAUGAUUUGGCAAAUUAAAGCGUAGUAUCGAGGUGAAGAUAAAGAACGAUGCAGAUGUAAUAAGUGCAUAUUCAGGUUUUUCUUUAGUUUUCUCCUUUUGGGAAUAGUAAUUAUUCUAAUAACUCAAUGUUAAUAUAGGGUAGUGAGUUGCAGAAUAAACUACUAUUAGUAAAAAAAAAGGUACCGUUUCAUCAUUAUUUUCUCUGUGCAAGAAGCUUGUUUUCAGUUACUGUCCAUACAUGCACUGACGUUAUUUUGUUCUUCACUGGUUAAGGUCAUAUUGAAAGUAUUUGCUUUUCAUGUUAUUUUUAUAACAGGAAGAGUUGAAGGAAGCAUUUGAUAAGAUGUCAGUGAAACUUGAACGAGAAUCGCAAGAAAGGGAAGAAGCAAUGAGACAAGUUCGUGAACAAGAAGCAAAACUGACCGAAGCUAACUCUAGGGUGGGUACAUCAAGAGAAAAAAAAAUGUCCUUUUUUCUGAUUCCUUAUGAACCAAGAUGCUGAAACACAUUUAAGACUAAAAUUGAACGAUAAGUAAUCGUCAUCGAAAGUUGAUUCAAUUUAUUAAUCACUCAUUCUUAUUCCUUGUCUUCGUUUAAAAAAAAAUGAAAACGAAAUCUGCAAACAAAGAUUAUAAAAGACGGUCGAGUUGACUUCAUACGUGUUGGUCUUUGCGCAGUGCUAAAUAGACUUGCCACAAGUCGACCUCUUGGUGAGCGGAGCGAGCCUUGUUUGGCCUCGAAGCGGCCGACCGUGAGCGACGAGCCACAUGAAAUCCGACGAAGGAUUGUUUUGAAAGUCUAAGUGCUAAACUACAAUAACAUGCAGCUGACCAGUUGAAGUGUUUCCUUUAAAUUAUUUAGUUGGACAGAAAACAAACUAUUUCAGCCUAUUGUGCACGAGCAUGGACUUGUGCUUCCAACAUACACUGCGUUUAACUCUCUGGCCUCUAACGUCUAUCAUGCCCUUUUAACGUUGAUGGUCUUAUUGCAGAUCGAGUCGGAAGGUCAAGAAAGACUCAAACUGCAAGAGAUCCUGAAAGGAGUUGGAGGAUCAAUACCAGAUGACGCUAAAAUAUCCAACCUCACCAGCGCUGUCGCUGCCGCUGCUAAGAGCUCGCCGAUGCAGGGUGUCUCUCCUCCUCCACCACCUCCCCCUCCCCCUGGUGGACCUGCACCUCCCCCACCGCCACCCCCUCCUGGAGGGGCUCCCCCACCACCUCCACCACCUGGUGGGGCACCAGGUGGUCCUCCUCCACCUCCUCCCCCUGGGGGAAAAUCGGAUGGUGGACUUUUUGGUUUCGCUAAGCAACCGAACAGGAAGGCACCCAAGCCGUCUCAGCCACUGAAGUCCUUUAAUUGGGCUAAAUUACCUGAUGUAAGUAUAGCAAAAGAACCCCACAAAAUCAAACUGUUUGUAGUCGAGAUAUACACUUGCUUAUUUAAGAACACAUUCUUUUGAUAUACAUAUCUGAAAAGUCUUAAGUUAGAUGAAAGUUCUAGUUCUCAAGGGCUUGUGGCUAUUCCUACUUAACGAUGCAAUGCCUCUGCAUCAGUUCGAGGAGACUAUUCGAUAUUCUUUUUUUUGUAGUCCAAAAUAAAAGGCACAGUUUGGACAGACAUCGACGACGCAAAGGUGAGAAGAAUCUGAGCUUAAUAAUCACAUUUACAAUGUUGAAAGUUCUCAGGUCUCAGAGCUCUCAUAAUUUCUCAUUUUCUUGAUCUGAAUUGCAGUUCUUGUGAAUAUUUCAGGUUUAUGCAGUCAUGGAUUUUGAAGACUUUGACAGAAUGUUCUCUGCUUACCAAAGGAAAGAGGUAUGACUACGCCCUCUAAAGGAACCUUCCAUAUUUUAAAGGGGUUUUGUUCCUUUUUACACAGAAGCCUUGCAAUAAACUCCUUGAACUACUGGAACACGAGAUACUGGAGAUUCAGUCAGUAGUACAAAAGUGAGGGAGGAGCAACAGUGGGGUUUCAAUCCAGCCAAUAAUCAUAGCGCUAAAUCUGCCCUUCAAAGAAAGUGAGCUUAUAAUUGAUAGAGCAGUCCUCUAAGAAAACCUCCAGUAGCCGAGAUAGCGUGUUCAGACCAAUCUGCAAUGCACAACUUGACCUCCUGUCUUUUCCUUCCCUCGCAACAUUCAUUCGGGGUCAGCUAACCGUUCAUGCACUUAUAUUUAAAGGUUUGGAGCAUAGACUCUAGGCCCUGUUUAUAUGGAGAAAACCUGUCCCAAAUAGAAGGGUCACUUUAAAACUUGGCGAACCGUUUAUCAUAGAGACAAAACGUUGGCUCGGCUAAAAAGCCGGUUCAACGCCCUUUUUUAUGGUCGGGUCACCCUCCUAGCUCGCUCGGGUCGAGGCCAGACAAUCAGAGCAUGCGCGAAUGAGUGAGUAUGAGUUUGUUUUUUAUCAAUUUUUUCAAAAAAUCUUUUUUUUUUUGAUAUGUAGAAAGACAACAAGGAUGGCGCUGACAGUGUUUCAAGACCAAAGGAAUUGUCACUGAUCGAUAGUAGACGUGCUCAGGUUUGAACUCCAAUUAAAAUUUCUAUAAUUAGUUUUAAUCUGGUAGCUAGAAUCAUACCCCUUUUUGUGGACAACGUGGUUGUAUUUCAGAAUAUUGAAAACGUUGUUUUGAUCAAUAAUAAAAACUAGAAUGAAUAUGAGCUUUUUAGCUUUGAACGCGAGAUAGAAUAGAGACGUCUUGUAGACGUCUCACCUUGUACAGAAUAAUUAGUUAGCACUACAGGGUAGUGAUUAGUCGUGGACGUUGUCCCAUUCUUGCAAACAGAAAAUUUAAUUUUUGUUAUUUCAGAACUGUGGUAUCCUGCUUUCCAAGUUGAAGAUGACAGAUGAGGAAAUAACCAAAGCUAUUCUUUCUGUUGAUGAAAAUGACGAACUAUCAAAAGACAUGAUCGAACAGGUAUAAUGAUUAUCGUUCGUACUGCUACGUGAACCUUGCUUCCUCGUUAGCAAAGAAUCGCAGAACUUGAAAUAUUCCUAAUCUCGUCGUUCCGUCUUCCGGGGUCAGUUUACCCUUCAUACACGACCAUUUAAAGGUUUUGAGCAUAGACCUAAAGCCACUGUUUUAUGGAGAAAACCUGAUCCGGGUGGAAUUGUCACUUCAAAACUUGGCGAACCGUUUACAUUACAAAAAAAACGUUGGCUUGGCUAAAAGGGUGGCCUGCUUAGGCGUGUCGCCCUUUUUCAAUGGUAGGGACACCCUCCUAACUCGCCCAGCCGGGUCAGCUCGGUCAUUACAAGAUAAUCAGAGCAUGCGCGAGGGUCAGCACUUGGUAUUAACUCUCGGGGCUCGAGCAAAGGAGUCAAUUUCGGCUGAGAGGGACAAGGUUUUUGUCGUUACUCAUAGUAAAGAGCCAGUCAUUUUACUUAAGACAAAACCAACAUUUAAUGCGGUGACCGGGAGCAAGUUAUUUUAAACUUCCGCUGCACGCGCUGAUUUUCUUUUAACGAAUAUGCGGCUAGCCUACCCUAGGUGCCAAAGAUUUUUCUUGCGCGAUUUCCGGUUUCGAUCAAGCAUUUAUAUUAACGCGCGCGGUUUUUUCUCGUGGCCUCCCCGCUCGUGACUUCGGCCUGCGGACGACACCGAAGCGUCCAGCCGCACGAGAAAAAAAACCUCUGGUACCCCGGGUAAUAUGCGGCGGCAUAGUAAAAAACGUUUGGUUACUUAGAUUAUCCCUUGUUAACGAUUGUUGUGUUUUGCCUGUUUACAGCUUCUCAAGUAUGUUCCAACAUCAGAUGAGAAGAAUCUCCUUAACGCACAUAACAAAGAUAUCGAGCAGUUUGCUCGGGCUGAUAGGUUUUUAUACGAUAUGUCCAGGUGAGAAUGAUAAAUUUAACGAUGCACGCAAUUCAUCUCUUAGUCACCACUGCAGUGUGCAUAUCAUAAUGAAACAACCUGAAACUUAUUCGCCGCGUCCAUAUAAGCUGAUUUUGUAAAGAAAAAAGUGGACGUUACCUAGCGAAAAACCCUGCUGGAAGCUAAACCAAAAAUCUCUAAGGGCCUGUCCACACUUAGUAACCGAGUACUUUUCCCCGCGUCCCGGUACAAAAAUGGUGGUGUUUUCAUACGUUUGGUACCAUUUCUAACUAACUGAGAACUUUGGCGUUUGGCCCCAUUUCUAACUAACUGAGAACUUCUGCACACAGGGACCCGGUACCUUAUUAAGUGCCCGAAUUCUGGAGUGGGUGUGUUCACAUCCCAGUGAGUACCGUACUCGGUCACCUUGUCCGAGCACCAAUUGUGAACGCUGCUUAAGUUUUGCGGUGUUUGGUGUUAACGAAUGUUUUACUCGAUUCUCUAAACAGCUUAUUAUAUAUUCCUGCUAUACAACAAGAUACGUCUUGGGUAGCGUUUUUUAAUAACAAUUUGGAUGGUUGAGUGAAUUGACUUUUGGCGGGUUAAGACUCGCGCUUUGCCUACUCCUUAUUAUUGUUUUGUAAGUACCGGUUGUAACACAUUUGUAUUGUUUACUAUUUAGAAUUGUCCAUUACGAGCAGAGACUUAAGUCCCUGUUUUAUAAGAAAAGAUUUCCUGAAAGAAUGGGUGAAGUAAAGCCACGAGUACAAGGUUUGUUCUUAAAAUUUAUGUAUGCAUUUUUUUUCAUUCUGUUUGUACUGAGGACUGUUUUCGUGUCAGCUGAUGCACAUGCGCACUAGAUACUAUUUCUUAGCCGAUAAGCUUAUUACAAGAUACGCGAUUCAAUGAUCAUGCAUAUGGUUUUUAAGUAAUGUAGAAUGAGUAAGAGAAUACUCGGGAACAGGUUUACAGUAAAAGAUCGAAGGUAGUAUGAAACACUAGGCAAGAUUAAAACGGAUUUGUAGAUCUUUGUAUUUGACGUGUAACUUUUGUUUCGGGUUAAGGUAAACGCUUUUCAUACUGGCAAAGCUACAAUGUAGCUUUCAGGGGAACUUACCAUCAACAUGGGAAAACCGGAAAUGCCUGGUGGAAAAUCAAAUGGUUCGCCCCAUUUCGUUUGGGAAGCUCCAGAAAAUAUGAGCUGUGAUUUGAGGCAAUGCAAUUUUGUCACUCUUUUAAGUCUGUUCUGCUGAAUUGGAUACAGUUUGUAGCGGGUUGUUCUCCCACCACGUCAAAUUUUGUAUUUUUAUGUUUAUGCACAAGAUUUCCACCCGGGUGGUUUGUGUAAGUGGUAGAGUUUAACAGUAGAAUUUAACAGUAGAGUUUAAAAGUUUUUUGUUCUUCUUGUUUAUUAUUUUUGCAGCUGUACUGGAGGCGUCUAGAGAAGUUCAAAGAAGUCAAAGGCUUAGAAUUUUGCUUGAAGUUGUUCUUGCUUUUGGUAACUACAUGAAUCGAGGAGCAAGAGGAAAUGCUUCCGGUGAGAAUUUAGCUAUUCGGUAUAAGAAGAAUGAUAUAUAGAAUAGCCAGGACUAAACGCGGAGCCUCCGUUUCUGUUCGUAUACCAAUUCAAGCUAAAGGUCAAACAAAAGAAACUUCAUGAUGUUUCACUGGAACAACUCCAUUGGCUGCCCCAGGUGAACAAGUUAAAUUUCGGUUAAGACAAACAUAAGUUGCAUUUCUUGGAUUCCCCUUUCCCCUCCCUAGCAGAGUGUACUUAGUCCCUCCCUGAGAGUCUGUACGGGGGUACAUACGUACGCUGACAUCAUAACCAAAUUUUCUCGCGGAAGCUCCACCGCGUGAGUGGGCGCGGAGGUUCCGCUGUUAUUGUUUUUUUCUGAGUUUGAGUUCUCUGAGCUUUAACAUGGUUGCCACAGGUCAGCAAAUGACUAGGAAACAGGAGCCCAUCUUGGGCUUCUGUUAGGAAGCAAUAAAGUCCCUUGAGAGUCAGACAAAACUGAGGCUAGUUUACUUUGAUUCAGUAAAAAAUGCAGUUUUAAAGAAAAGUCAGGAGAAAUUGGAAUUAUAACACCAAAGAUUUAACACCACUGAGGGUCGGAAGAAGAAUAUUAGAUCACCAUAAUCUUAAGAAUGGUUUCCGUUAAUGAAAAAGAUACAAAAAAUUUUAUGUUCAUAAAAAAGAGGACGGAAAAUGGAAAGAACGGCUUUAAGGGAAAACUGACCUAACAUUAUGUAUUGGUUUCAUUGGUCAGGUAAAUUCCCUUUUUGUAGUCUCAAUUGUCAUCCGUCUCUUCGCCCUACCCCCCACGGCACCCCUCUUCAACGGGCGGCAAGGUCCUGGCGCCGUUGAGGGGGGUGGUACUGGGGUGAAGAGACACAUGACUUUUCAGACUAUCCUUUUAGGGGAGAGUCAGGAGAUUUUGAAAACUGGUGUCUGUGGCAACUAUAUUUAAAGGGAUGUGAAAAAAGCAGACGCAUUCCUGUACGAGUACGGUUAUCUUGUCGGGUUUUUUUGUCAGCAUUUGUUAUCAACAAGCAAUUUCAUUGUUAAUUUUCUCUUUUUUAUAGGUUUCAAGCUGGCUAGUUUAAACAGAAUAAUCGACACCAAAUCCAGCUCAAAUUCGAAAAUAACUCUCCUCCAUUACCUUAUUAUGGUCUUGGAAAGAAAGGUAAAAUCCUUACGUAUUUCUAACAAGUGAACUCCAACUAUGACUGUGUCCACACGACUCCGUUGUUUCGCCUUGCAAACGCAUAUAACCCAGCUUAUGCGUUAACGGCUCACGCCCACACGGCGUGAACGAUUGUAAACUGAUGUAUUUGUAAACAGUAUCCAGUCCGGCUAAGUUCGUAAACCGCAUAACACCUUAAACCCGAACAUUCUCUGCACUGCUUUCUAUUCGUUUCUUACGGCAGUGGUGAGGAGAAUUUACAAUCAAGACCUUUUUCGCUCGCUAGCUGAUCAUUUCUUACUUUCUUAUGACCUUAAUGUUCGAUUCAGCAGUGUUACUAUAAGGAAAAAUUCAGUGUUAUUUACCCUUGGGGAUGAAUUAGUAGCAUUGUUCUCUUGUUCACAUAGAACGGAUGAAUACGUGUGCGUUCACAAACCGAACUUAAACGGACCGAUAUGGACAUACCUUGACAGAGCCUAAAAGAGCACAUCUACGGCCAGGCACGAGAAAAAUGUGCAAAUGGCAUCAAGAGUGCGGCAAUAAAAACGGUCAACUUGUUUUGCAAAACUGCAGCAAAACGAGUUUAAAAGUUUUACUACCCACGUUCAAACCUUUCUUGCAACAAAUCAGUUUGUUGCAAGUUGCAUGAAGACUGACUUUUGAUUGGAUGAAAUUACUCGGGAGUCACGCCAUACACGGGAGUUACGUCACUUGCUGCGAAACAAGUUUGUCUUGGACCGGUAAAACACGCAACAUGUACAGAUUUUUUUGCAAAAAGAAAAAACUACUCUCUACUUUCUGCAACAACCUGUUUGUUGCAAGAGAAGUUGAUUCGUGGGUGGCAAAACAUGCAAGGCCACUAUUUAACUCAUUUUGCAGCAAUGUUGCAAAUUAAGUUGAACGUUUUUAGUUGUACGUUUUACCGUACAUUUACAAUGGGUGUGAAGGGCAGGAAACAUGCAGAUCGUGCUUCUAUCCGUGGGUGGGGGUGGGGGUGGGAGCUUAUAAUCGGAUGUAUUUUCUAUUUGCAGGUAAAUUUGUUUAUAACGGGGGCCUAUGGGGGUGCUUAUAAGCGGCGGUUUACCGCAUUACAGGAAUGUUUUUCUUUUUCGCUUCUCUUUUACAGUAUCCCGAAGUCCUAAAACUGGAAGAGGAGCUUGCGCACGUCAGAUCGGCUGCUAAAGUCAAGUGAGUGCUACAUUACUCCCUACGAUUAUGUUUCAUGAAGUCCUCUGACACCAAAGUGACGUUGAGUAAGGAGGGUACCUCGCAUAACCUAUGUCGAAGGAUACUAUAUUGCGGAUUACAUCUUUUCCCUGACGUGUUUUAUGAACGUCUGAUUUUAAGUGCAUCUUGCCAUCUAAAUUUAUUUCAGUCUUAGGUCUACUAUCAUGCUUGUAAUGCGUGCGUGGCUCACAGUCAUGAAUUAAGCGUUCCUCUUCAGAAUUUUUGCCCUUCUUCUCUUCUGACACUUCUUUUUUUCUUUUCUGUGGUUUUAGUUUAAACGAUUUGGAGGCCGAAACGGGCACUAUUAAGAAAGAAAUAAAAGAAGUUGAAAAGGUAAGCAUACACAAAAAAAAAAAACGAUGAGAAAUCGCAUGUUACAUUUAAUCGUCUCUAUGUGAACUAAAUUAGUAAUUUCUAUGCUUUCAAGGAGCUGGAAUUUCAGCAUAAGAAAAAGGAACGUGUUCAUGGAGACAAGUUUGUAGAAUCUGUUGGGUCGUUUGUGAAAGUCGCACAGUUCUCGUUGUCAGAACUGGACGAUUCUUGGAAAGAUAUGAAGCAAAAGGUAACAGUGUUUUAUUGGCUUGGUCAUCUUCUUUUUUUUUUUUUUUAAGUUAGUCACUAAAUAAACAAUUCAUUUUGUCAAUUAGUGAGUCAGUCAGUCAGUUAGUUGAGUCCGCGGUCGAGUCAGUUUGUUAGUCAGGUAACAUGACCCCGUAACUGAGUAACUUGUUCCAGCGGGUUAGAUGGUCACGACAGGCGAAGGUGACGGGAAAGGCGAGGACGUCCUCCUGCAUGUAUCGCUGCCCUCGCCUUUCCUUUUCGCUCGUGGAGACCGCAAGAGACAUAACAAGUUAUUGAUAUGGCCGGCAUGAUGAUUUAAUGGUGGGUGGUAAAGUUCUUGUUUUUCUGAAUCCGUUGUAACGGACUAGGACUGACGUUUAUCUUUUGGCCCUAUCCACACUAAUGCGUUUUCAAAAAUCAUAUACGUUUCGUUGUCGUCGAAAACGCAUCUAUCGAUUCGCGUCCACACGAUAUAAUUUCACGUGGUGACGUAAGUUAAACUCUAUGCGCAUGCUACUAACACACGCGCCUGCGAUAUUUUCGGUCACCCUUUUCAUUUUGAUGCGUUUUGGAGCAUACAUCAUAAUACGAUAUGUACGCGUUUUCGUUUUGAUCCACUUGCAAGAGGGUUUUCAAAUCGGUGCAUUUUCGAUGAAAUUACUCAGCGUAUUAGUGUGGACGGAAGGCCUAAACGCAUCGAAAUGAACGCGUUCUUAAACGGAAACGCGUUUAUGUGGUCGCGGCCUUAAUCUUGUUUUCUGUGACGGUUAUCUAGUACGGCAAAGCAGUAUCCAUGUUUGGAGAGGAUCCCAAGCAGUUUCAGUCAGACGAAUUUUUUGGCCUGUUUUCUGCAUUCCUGGUUUCUUUCGCGGUAAGAAAACUUUAUUUGACAACGAGGUCAUCAACUCUCAAUCCUUUUCCUCCUCUAAGAAAAUACCAAAGAUUAAAUUAUUAAGGAAAUAUGAAAACCUAUCUUAAAUCUUUCCAUCUUAGACUUUUAUGCCAUCUUUUGUUCAAUUGAUGUAAAUAACUCUAGCCCGUAGUUCGAGGAGGACUAACCUCUCAUAAGCUCUUACAGUUUCGCCACUUCUUUUUUCUACGUAUCCUAUAUCAUUUGUAAUUCGUGUUCUAUUAUGGUGUGGCAAGUAAAAUAAUAAUAAAAAAAACGUCCAUCAGAUUUCCCCUUAGCAGUUAUAGAACAAGUGUGCAAAAUGUGCCUUGUUUUCGUUCACAGGAGGCGAAACAUCAAAACGAAGAGAUGAAGAAAAAGAAAGAGCAAGAGGAAAGAAAAGCCCAAGCGUUAGCCGAGGUAAAAUUGUGGUUUAUCUGGGAACCCUUUUUGGCCAAGCGCGAUGAGAACGACGUAACUGAGCGCGGGGCGCACGUCUGCGCGCUCUCUCAGCGUUCCAGAAGUCUCGAGUUCUCGUUUUUAUAACAGUUUUAUAGUUAAUUUUUUAAAUAUUCACAAAAAUGAAGGAAAUCUAUUACAUAAAGCGGCAAGAAACGAAAAAUAACCCUACUCGUCGAAGUGCGCGAUGCCCCCUGAUUUCUUUUGCAAAAAAUGGAGCUCCCUUAUAUGCAGAAAAUAAGCCUGAGGGUGAAUUGCCACUAUCGCUUAAUUUUUACGUGCGUACGCACGUAAAUUUAACGCGCGUAAAUAAAAUACAGACAAUGUUUGAAAGUUGGAGAUGGGAAGUACAUUCAAAGGUUAGAGGCUAUUUUUGCUGAAAACUCGCAAGGUUUAAAACGUUCUUAGUCAAAUCCAUUUUGAUUGCUUUGCAGCAAAAAGAGCGAGACCGACAGAGAUCAGCUGCCAAGAAACUUAUUCACAACAAUUCAGUACCAGAAAAGAAGAAUAACAGAAAAGGUAGCGGCAUUGGGGAGAAUAGGGGCGAGUUUGACGACUUGAUCUCGGCUCUUCGGACAGGUGAUGUCUUUGGCGACGAGCUCAGUAAAAUGAAAGGACGGAGACGGACGGCGCCGCCGAAGCAGGCUCGGAGAGUCGAAAAUGUUUCCGAACGCGAACGAGCCUCCCCGAAAAUUGCAACAAAGUUUCAACACUAA